AUGGCAGAAUACAACCGCAUCAUCAGUUUUAAAGAACCGAUAUACGAUAAAGUUCUUCCUGGUUACGUGAUAAGAACUGAAAAGGUCAAAAACGAGGGAAGCUGCCGAGUGAAGUGUUAUUUGGAUCCAAACUGUGUAUCCAUCAACGUGGGACCUGAAGUCGAGGGAACAAGAACGUGCGAGUUAAAAAACUUCACUGAUGAAAGCUCUGCGCAAUCUGACUUGAAAGAAAGAAAAGAUCACCUUCACUUUGCUAUUGAGGUACAAUACAUCUUUAAGUAGUUAACCCUUAAAACCCUAAGAUCAAAAUUUGAAUUCUCAUUUUUGGCCCCUGUUCAUUUCCUACAGAAGUAGUGGGGAGAAGUUUAUAAAAUAUCAAGCAAGUCCGUCUUGUGUUAUCAUGUCCGUAAUUCUCAUGACCACUCUGUUUUACAAAGCAUUGAUAUUACAAGGAGAAAUUUAAUUCUGACCACUCUUAGGGGUUAAAACGUUAGCUAAAGGAGCUUUAAGCAAGGACGACGACGACGGCAGUGAAAGGCGUCGGUUAAAAAAAAAAAAAAUGAAUUUGCGUUUUUUCAAACUUAAUCGCGUCUAUUUGGACCCGCUCAAUAAGACAAAUGCAAGCGACUUUUCCUGGAGUUAAACCCUAAAGGAUUUUAUUCCCGUUCAAAAAGAGGAACGAAAAUUCGUCGUCGAAUAUCCACGUCAUCCAUGAAACGUCAAAUAUUAGGAGGUUUCACGUCGUAGUCGUGUAGUGGACGUCAAAGAAAUGUACUAAAAAGAGUGAUGCACGUGAUGACCGUUCCAUUUAUGUAUAAUUUUUGAGGCUUAUCUAAUGAAUCCCCAAACAUUUUCUGAAGUUUAAUUUUUGGCAUUUUGCCCCCCAGAUUAAGCUAUUUUCGCAGAAAAAGGAGACCUAAAAUUUCGAAUUCGAAAAUGCGAUGGAAAGAGGAAUCAGAAAAAUUCUCUCUUCUUCUCUCAUCUAAAAUUUUUGGGAAGACAAUACUGAAGCCCUGGUAAUUUGGAAAAGAAUCAAGUUGUCCUAGGAUGACCGAACAGAUAUAAAUUUUAUAGCGCCGAUUAGAAUGUAUUUCAAGAGGUCUAAAAUUAUGGAAAGCCUAAAAAGUGUGUUCAAUGCAUUGAGGAGAAAACCGUCGCUGGGUGCCCCUGGAUUGCACUUGUAGUCAGUUAUGCGGAAAACUUGUUGGCUUAACAGUUAUUUAGAGUUCACUUUUUGUUUGUUUACACCGAUUGAUUGAAAUGCUUGGGAGACUUAUUACUUGACACAAAGCUGUGAUUUUGUCAUUCACGAGUAAUUUCACAUAGUACGUAACGAAUAAGGACAGUCACGCAUUGUAAACAAAAUGAAGCACUAGACAGUCAUGACAAUGACACACCCCCUUGAAGGAUGAGCCCAGCGGCUGUCUGAUCAUAGUAUGGGGAGAAAGCAACUCGAUAUAUAGCAAUAUACAGAUAAACAAUAAGACGCUGGAAAGCGUUUACGCGGGAUGUGUUGGUGUAAGUAAGAAUUACCGGUAUGUUGAAUGGCAAUGGAAAUUUGAGUAGUAUAUCAACAACAUAUGUGUGCGGGAGAGACAGAGAUGUUCUGAUAAGAACUAAUACACUAAACGAUGAGUUACACAUAAGGGUUCCUUUGCUACUCAAAACAAAACUUACAUCAAUAUUACCACCAUAUAUGUUAACAGUAUGGGGUAGUUCAAUAAAAUUUGCACUCCCUUUACUAAUGUCCUCAAAAAAUACACUUCCACAUUCAACAAUAGCAUGUAAUGUGUCGUACUUCCAAUAACUUCAGGGCUGCAAUGCAAGGCUGUGCUUUAGGGAAAAUUUCCGGAAGCCCUUCGUGCUCCCAAGCAUUUUAGGUUGGGUUGCCCAGGCCUAAAAGAUCCAGAUGGUCGGCCAAAUAAAAUUUUUAGGCAGCCUUUCGGUCUCCAAAUGUUUUAGCUGGGCUGUCCGGGCCUACAAGUUGGUCGCCCAAAUUUAAAAAUCAGUGAGCUGUUAGUCAAUUAUUAAAAAUUAAAGAAACUAUUUUGUAAACAAGUCAAGCAGAAUCUUGUGAAUAUAUAUAUUUUUUUCAUGAAAAAUCACAUCCUUUGACAACCUGACUUGCACGUGAUUGGAAGUUGCAGCCGAUAAAAAUCACACAAUUUUUCGGGACGGCACGGGAUACGGGAAAGUUAAAAAAAACACGGCAAUUUUUGACUCCCAAGAAAAAUACGAAAGGAAUGCGCAACCGAAUUUAUAACGCUGGCUGACUACGUCAUCCCGCGUAAUAAGUAUUGGAUAGACUGAAAAUGCCAUCAAAUGAAAUCUGUUAGCCAGUUAGAUGAUUUAAGUGGGAGCUGUAGCUAUUUAAAAAUUAAAUAAUAAUAAAAAUGUACUACAUCGGCCUUCAUGUUCGUCUUUUUUUCAUACCCAGAAUUUUUGUCACCGUAGCCGUUGCCCUGAAGGGAACUUUUUGUGUCAAGUAGGGUUUACAACCAAAGGAUACAGAUGUGUCUGUCGCGAGGGUUUUAAAGGAGAUCAAUGUGAUGAAGGUAAUGGAACACUCGUCUGAAUUUUCAGUGUACUAAAUCCACCCCUCCUUCCCCUCUUCUUUUUUUUCUCAAAUUUUGAUGAGAACCAGUAAGCCAAUAUUCACAGAGACUGCCAAAAACUGCACCUUGAAAUGAGCUAAGUUUGAAAGUCACACGUCUAAAGCGAGCUAAGUGGUGAGUUUUAGCAGACGUUUGUACCAAUGGUAUGGGACACAAACUUGCCCCCCCGCCCACUUGGCCCCCGCUUGCCCCCCCUCAUUUAUUUCGCAUCGUUACUUUUUAACACUGAUGUCAAUCUCAAACUUUCUACCGGUGUUCAACUGUACGGCGGAGUUACUCUAUGCUCGUUUAACCAUAUUCAUACGGGGAGUGAGGGGGUGCCAAACUUAGCGACUUUUCCUAAACAUUAUUUGCAAACAUUUUAAAUUCGUCGUGACGUGAAUAUCAUCAUUGACGUUACCAUGGCAACCGAGAUCGGGGAGGGUGUAUCGGCGGAGGUGAAAAACAGCCUCAAAGAUCUGCAUCGUGUCAAUCGAAAGUCGAAUUCAAUAAUCGUUUUAUUAUUAAUUUCACAUUUGCAAGUUCUUUCAAGACAGCCUUUUCUCUAGAAUGUUUCGUUCCUGGCUUCUCAAGGGCUGUUAUUGAUUGUUCAUUGAUAGGUUAUAAUUUUUCAGUUUACAGAAACUGUGCGGAGCUUUAUGAAGCUGGUUUUCAAGUAAGCGGCGUUUACAGCAUCGACCCUGACAACACCGGUGCCUUCAAAGUGUACUGUGACCAAACAACAGACGGUGGGGGGUGGACAGUUUUCCAGAAGAGACUGGACGGCUCGGUUGAUUUCUUCUGCGGCUGGGAUGACUACAAACGAGGCUUUGGAAAUCUGAAUGGUGAGUUUUGGCUUGGCCUGGACAAGAUACACCACUUAACAAAAAAUCAUAGCAGGCUUCGAGUGGAUCUCGCAGACUUUGACGAGGAAACUGCCUACGCUAUAUACGACUCGUUUGGUGUCGCCAACGAGCAACAAAAAUAUAGGCUGCAACUUGGACAAUACACUGGUAAGGAUAAGGAUGCGACAAACGAGGGGUUAAUUUAA